AGGAGUUUUCUGGGGAAAUUUUCAAAUGAAAGGUCACUCUAUUGUAUAAAAGAGUGUGCGGACAAUCGCUUUCCUUGCCAUUUACAUCAAACACAAGAUGAAUUUGAUUGGCUUCAGCCUUAUCUGUGCAUUUCUGCACGUGGGUUAUCAAAACCCACUGAGCUCCUGGAUGCUCCAACCUAACGUUCUGGUUGUGGAGGUAAAUGGUGCAUUGGGCCAACAAGCCCUCAAGUGCCUUCACUCAGCAGACAGAGUAAUAAAUGACGGUGACAAGGAUAUAAUGUGGAAGAAGAACGGUAAAGACGAGGCACAGAGGGGUAAUUCAUACCUGGUGAAGCUACAGGAGAGUUUAGGAAGAGGCAACUAUAGCUGCUACAGCACAAACGGCUCUUUUCUCAAUCACACCAUCGUCCUUAUUCAAGAGAACAACACGACGAGAAGGAAGAUUCUGGCAAAACCUGAACUGGAGGAUUAUUUGAAGUGCUCAACACAGAAUUUUGAGGGAGCAUUCCAAUGCUCUUGGAGCUGGCACAGGGCUCGUGUUGGAGAAGUAGCACUUAUCAGAGCUGGACGAGGUAGAGAUGUUGAGUGCUCUGUGGACAUCAGUGGUCAGCACUGGACGUGCUCCUCCGAUCAGAGUCAUCUCAGCUGCUCAGUGGACGGCACCGGAGACGGGAUCUCCUGUGUGGACAAGCUGCACUGCGCAUUUGCAGAGGAGAAACAGCGUAUCUUCUUCACAGUCUACGUGAAGACAAAGAAUUUCCUGGUGGAGAGCUACAACCAACACUUCUACCUGUCUGAAAUUGUGAAACCUGACAAAGUGAAGAUCAGGAGAGUCAACACAUCAAUGAUAGAAUUGACUUACCCGGGCUCCUGGAGCAGUCCCUACUCUUACUUCCCCCUCACUUUCCAGGUUUCACAGAGAAGACAUGGGUGUAAAAACUGUGACAAACCCUGCCAUGACUCAACGAGUACAAAGACCUUGAUGGUGAACUCCUCAAGCACUUGUCAGUUUGAGGUGGAGAACAAGUGGACUGUCUGUGUCCGAGCCAAGGAUGCCUUCUGCAAUUCACAAUGGAGCGAAUGGAGUCAUCUCGAAAUGAGGAAGAAGAGGAAAAGAAAGCAGAGAAAACAAACCAACUGAGAAUGUAUGGAAUAAAUGUAAUGGAAGACCUGGACAUC